UUACGAAGACCGCCGUCAGAAGAACGCGCUCUGUGAUUGGUUGAACUACUUCCUGUUUCCUGUCGUCCAUACAUUCCACACGUGAAGGUCAGCAACAGAGCCAUAAGGCGUUUAUAAUUGGAAAAGUAUUGUUCUUACGACCUAUCUUAUCUAAAUAUGAAUAGCCAGGGAGCGGCAGCGGACCCUCAGCUCCAGCAUUUCAUCGAAAUCGAGUCUCAGAAACAAAGAUUUCAACAGCUGGUGCAUCAGAUGACUGAGGUUUGCUGGGACAAAUGUAUGGAUAAACCCGGGCCAAAGAUGGACUCCAGGACAGAAAUGUGCUUCGUUAACUGUGUGGAGCGAUUUAUUGACACCAGCCAGUUCAUCCUAAACAGGCUGGAACAGACUCAAAGGAGCAAGGGCUCAUUCUCUGAGAGCAUGUUAGAGUAAAACUGUCACUGAAAGGACUGUCGAGACACCAACACAUGGCCCCGGCUCCAGGACGAGGCGGGUUCGUCUUGACACAGGCGUCUGUAAUGAACUGUCCGUCCGUUCAACUGGAAAAAGGAACAACAUUCAGUGUAACUUUUGAUACAAGUGCCUCAGAUUAACACGAUGUAUGGAUGCAGAAGUCUAGGGAUUUUACCGGGAUAUGAGCGUUGCAAAACGUUUAGAUUGUCUAGUGACCUCCAUGUUUUGUUUGUCAAGUCAGUUCUCUAGUCAAACUGUGAAACUGAGCUUGAAUGAGUUUUAACUAGUGGGUUAAUUGUGGGAGACUGCAGUAAGAUCGAUGCAUCUGGGACAUUCAGCUUCAGCCAGUUGUUUUGAACAGCAACAAGGACUUCACCACACACCCUGCUGUAAUUUAAGAGAACUAACGAUGUCUUGACCGAAGAGGCGUGAGGUUCUGGACUGUACAUAUGCAAUAAAUAUAAUGCCAAAUAA